GAUGGCAACGCUUGCUGUCAGUCUGUCAUACGCCAUGUUGGGAAUCGGAAAUCCAUCAGAUUAGGAAAUAGACGAUUUGGGAUGGAAUGUUGGUGAUAAAUCCAAUAAAAAUUACCACACCUGAAGAAUGACAGCGGAGCUAAUGGCCAAUGGGACUAAGGAGAAAUGGGAUCCAGCUUUGUCGCGCUUGUUGUCCUCGCUGCAACAAGCCAAGGAGUUGCCCUCGACCGAAGAGGAGUUGGGGUUUUUGAGUGAAUUAUUGCAAUCCAAGGAACUUCAUGCCUUAGUUAACGUUCACAAUAAGAUAAUCAGUAAUGGCGCUAGCGAUAAAUUUUUCCCAAUGUUGUCGACAUCGAUGCAUGUUAUGGUGGAUGUUUUGGAAGUUUUAGCCACCAGAUUACAAGUUUCCGAAGAAUGCAAGGAGUUGUUUUAUUUGCUGCAGAAACCUCACGUGCAGGGCUUGCUGUACUCCCACGACGCGAUAGCCCAGAAAGACUACUACCCCCACUUGCCCGAAAUCCCUCAGGAGGCCGACGAAGACGAAGAAACCAUAAAAAUCGUUCAACUCGUAAAAAGUAACGAACCCUUGACUGGGGCACAAAGUGCUGAGCCAAUAGUCGGGGCCACCAUCAAAACCGACGAAGAAACGGGGAAAAUAAUCAUUGCGAGGGUGAUGCAUGGUGGGGCUGCUGACCGGUCGGGGUUGAUCCACGUGGGGGAUGAAGUCGUUGAAGUGAAUUACAUUAAUGUUGAAGGCAAGACACCAAACGACGUUCUUAGUAUUUUACAAAAUUCCGAGGGAACAAUCACGUUUAAACUUGUCCCUGCCGACAGCAAAAUGAAUGUUAGGGAGAGCAAAGUGCGAGUGAGGGCCCAUUUUGACUACGAGGCCUCCAAUGAUCCCUAUAUUCCCUGCAAGGAGGCGGGAUUGGACUUCCGGAAAGGGGAUGUCCUGCAUAUCGUAUCCCAAGAUGACGCUUAUUGGUGGCAGGCCCGUCGGGAAGGCGACAGGAACAUGCGGGCGGGAUUAAUCCCAAGUCGGGCCCUUCAAGAGCGCAGGAUAAUCCACGACCGGACUCAGGCCGCAAAGGACGGUGAUGACGGGCUUUGCUCUGUUUCAGCUUUGCCUGUGUUAACCUGCAGUCAGUCCCCGAAAUCCCCCCGUUGCGCAUCCAAACCUAAAACUAAAAAGAUUAUGUAUGACACUGCAGAAAACGACGAUUUCGAUCGAGAGCAAAUCGCGACCUAUGAAGAAGUGGCCAAACUGUAUCCCAGACCGGGGAUUUACCGACCCAUUGUUUUGAUUGGAGCGCCCGGAGUGGGCAGGAAUGAGCUCAAAAGGAGGCUGAUUGACACCGAUCCCGACAAAUAUAGAACACCAACACCAUUCACAAGCCGCCAACUGAAACCCGGCGAGGUGAACGGCAAAGAAUACUUCUUCGUCUCGCGUGAAAAAAUGGAAGAGGACAUCGAAGCGAGCAAAUUCAUCGAAUUCGGUGAAUACAAGGGCAACUUAUACGGCACAUCCGCCGACAGUGUGAAAGCCAUUGUGAAUUCCGGUCACGUGUGCAUCCUAAACCCCCAUUACCAAGCCCUCAAAAUGCUGAGAACCCCCCAACUCAAGCCCUACAUCAUUUACAUAAAACCCCCGCCCUUGGAGCGCCUGAAAGAGACGAGGAACGCAGUCCACGCCCGCUCGACCUUCGACGUCAACAACUCCAGAGGCUUUACAGAGGAGGAAUUCAGCGAUAUUGUGAAAUCGGCCAGCAGGAUAGAGUUCCUCUACGAGCACUUCUUCGACGAGGUGAUCGUGAACGACGACCUCGCCGUGGCUUUCAGCCAACUCCUCGCAGCCGUGAACAGAGUUGAGUCGGAGCCGUUGUGGGUGCCGGCGUCGUGGGUUCAGUAAUCUUAUUUUAGUACCAAAGCUGUUGUUACCUAAUAUUUGUGAAAUUCAGUGUACAACCUGAUCGCGGAUUGUUCCAUAUUGCAACGCUAAAUAUGGCUUUAUUUCGUGGUGUUAACACGGCGUUAUCGCAGUGUUACCACUCGACAAUCUUGGUGUAGCACAUCCGCAACUUUUUGAUAUUUAGCGUAAAUUUUUCUAGUUAUAAACGAAAUGCCUAACUGAAUUUAGCUAAUGGAGCUAAUUGUUGACUUUAAUAUACUUAAGCAAUUAGGGAUAAUAAUUAGAUUAUUAUUAAUCGUUAUCCUGUUUUAAAUAUUACCGAUAUUUUAGAUGUGAACACUGCCAUUUCGUACAUGAAUUGAAUUCUAAAUCGGUGUUUUCGCACUUUUGGUUGCCUAGUUUGGAAUUUUUUUUUAUACUCGUGAGGAUUUUUUCGAUAAUAGUGCCUCCUGUCUUAUCCACUGCUUGUAAUCACUUUCUUUUUAGAGAUGUGGGUUGUUGAAACAUAGAUUUUACAAGAUUUGUGCUUUGACUAAACUUAAAUAUUUCACUAUCUCUAUUUUUGGUUUUAUCACGUUUUUAGUGCAUUUUUGCGGUGAUGUAAUACCACUCGGAAGCGCUAAAGAAUCACAAUUCGCCAUUUUUAAGAAAAAUUUUGUGUCAAAUAUUGAAGGAAAAAAAUCAUUUAUCUAUGAAAACCUGAAAACUUAACUGAAAAAAAGUAAGUUUUAUGUUAUGAGAUGAAAAUGUCACAUAAGCUUAACAAAAGUGAAAUUGAAAAUUCUUAUCACCUACUGGAAAAUUCUGUGCUUCAAAAUAAUUUGGAGUAAACUUUCAGUUUUAGGAUAUUGAAAUAAAACAAAUGUUUUCAGUUAAAAUUUGAAAUCUUUGAACUGAAAACAUAUUAUUUUGAAUUUUAAAAUUUUGGAGAUUUCGAGUUUCAAGACAAAUAAAUUUGAACAACAAUUAUCUUGAAAAUAUUUUGUCUUGAGAUGACAAAAAUGUCCCAAAAAGAUUUUGCUUUUUAAGAUCUUCAAUUUCCAAAUUCUAAUCACUUAUUGGAAAAUUCUUUAUUUCAAACCAAAUUUAGACUAGACUUCCAGUUUCUAAUUUUUUAUGAUUCUAAAAAAAUAUUUUCAAAGUUUGGACUGAAAAAACAUUAUUUUGAAUUUUUCAAUUUUGAGUUUCAAGAUGAAGGAAGUUCUUGAAAACGAUGACAAGAUCACAAAAUGAUAAUUUAUUUCGAACUUUUAAUAAUCAUUAGUUGGAAAAUAUUUUUUUUUUAAAAAGCAUUUAGAAGAAGUAUGAUUCUCGUGUUUAACAUUUUUUUGUAAUCAAUUUUUUUUAAGAUUUCUGUGUUAUUUUCUUAUUUUGUGUUUUCAGUUUCAGUUGAAGGAAAGAAAAGCUUGAAUUUUGAUUUUUGACCAGAAAAUCUGCUGAAAAAAUUUCUCGAGAAAUGAAAAAUUGUGAUAAAUUUAUAAAUUAUGUCUUGAGAUCUUCAGUUUCCAAAUUCUAAUCACUUAUUGGAAAAUUCUUUGCUUCAAAACAAAUUUAGACUAGACUUCCAAUUUCGAAUUUUUUUUUGAUCCU